UACACUUCAUUUCAAAGUUGUCAUUUUGUUCCUAGUAUUCAAACCUGUCCUGUUUUAUUUGAAGGGAGCGUGACUAUCCCAGCUCACACCCUUCCCAGAUACAAUGAAAACAGAGCCUUUCCCCUCCCAGACAUCCCCUACAUAGCGGAGCUGACCUCCGAGCAGAAGGCCUUGAAAGAAAAGGAGAAGGGAGCUUGGAUGUCUCUGAGCACCAAGGAGAAAGUAGAAUUGUAUCACAUCAAGUUCAAUCACACCUAUGCUGACAUGAACAAGGGAUCAAGCGAAUGGAAGAGUGUCCUAGGGUUUACUUUCUUCUUUAUCGGCUUCACAGGACUCUUUAUCAUGUGGCAAAGGAAGUACGUGUUCGGUGAGCUUCCUCACACUCUGUCUGACGAAUGGGUGGCCAUGCAGACGAAGAGAAUGUUGGACAUGAGGGUCAACCCCGUGCAGGGAUUCUCAGCCAAAUGGGACUAUGACAAGAACGAAUGGAAGAAGUAA